AUGCCAGAUGCCAAUUUAAAAGUGGAUUCAAGGAUAACUGUGGAUACCUUUUCUCACUCUGUCUUCUCCUCUCCCUCUUUUCCAGCCUACUCGGACAAGAUCAAAGAGAUGUCCAUGCUGUCUCUGAUCUGCUCCUGCUUCCACUCACAACCACAUCCCAACAGCCUCUACCAAUAUGGAGACAUGGAGGUGAAGUCCCUAAACAAGCGGGCAUCCGGCCAGGCCUUCGAGGUCAUCCUGAAGGCCCCUGCUGACCUCUCUCCUGACAGGCCCCAGCCCCUGAUCUCUCCCCCCAAGAAGGACCUCUCCCUGGAGGAGCUCCAGAAGAGGCUAGAGGCUGCGGAGGAGAGGAGGAAGUCUCAGGAAGCCCUGCUCCUGAAGCAGCUGGCUGAGAAGCGGGAGCAUGAGCGAGAGGUGCUCCUCAAGGCCCUGGAGGAGAACAACAACUUCAGCAAGAUGGCAGAGGAGAAACUCAACUACAAGAUGGAGGUCAACAAAGAGAACCGCGAGGCCCACCUGAAUGCGCUAAAGCAGCGGCUCCGUGAGAAGGAAAUCCAUGCCGAUGAAGUCCGUAGAAACAAGGAACUCCAAGCUGACCUCUCUGGUUGAAGAUAUUUUCUACAGUUUUGUCAAGAGAUUCACGUCUGGUUUUGGUUGGAAGAAAUGCUACUUUUUUAAAUCUCGAUGUCCGAAAGUCUCUUGCAUUGUUCAAUAUACACUGGUUUCACAAGCUAAUAAUUCAACAACAAUUUACACAGAUUGUUUCUCAUCUCUCAAUUUAUUUUUUGAAAAUAAUAUUGAUAUUGAGCACGGGUAGAGCUGAAGUAAGGCCCAAGGUCAAGGGUCAGAUUUACUAAACAUUUGCACCUUUCUUAAGACUGCACCUGUGAGUUCAUACAAGGGAACAAAAUGAAACCAAUUGAAACAUUUCUUCUUUAUCUUAGGAAACCUACUCCUUCUCUUACAUUUUGUUUUAAGUCAUUGUGUUUGGUUCUGUUUGGAAAAAUAACCAGUAAAAUGUUGCACUUGUGCAAAUGCUUAGUAAGUCGGGCCUUCUGUGUGUGUAAGAAGAAGCUAAGAAGCUACUGUUAGAUCAUAAUGAUGAAUUUCCCUAAUUGAUCCAUAAACAUAGCUCAAUAGUUACGUUUAAUUCUCAUAGGAAGUCAUGAUUAUGCUGUACCUGUUACACAUAUUGCCAAAAUGUCUUUCUCUUGAAAAAAUUAGCUUGAGGUCUUUACACAAUCCCUCCAUCUAUUGCAUAAGGUACUGUAUAACAGGGGAGCAGAGCCAAGCUUAAUUGAUUCAAGUGUUGCCCUUGCUUGGACCAUGUGUAAAAGGGGUAUCUGAUAAUAUACAAUAUUCAGCACACUCUAUAGGCAAACACUAUAACCUGGUCAUUCAUCAUAUAUAGUCACACCCAUUGUCAGUUUGUGCAGCCAUCUUCAAUCAAGCAUGCAAUGUCAAUCAAGUGACUGUAUAAAAUGAAGCACAGUCGCAUUUAGGCUUCAGUUCAAUAAAGUUCAGUAUUCACUUUGCCGUAUAGGUCAGUAAAUGAAUAAGGUUACGAUACAUACACUUAAACUGCUUUAAGAGUGGGUUCCGGUCUCUUUUAGGUUUAAUUUCCUAGCUACUGAAAUCUCCCACACAGUCUGUUUAUUUCUGAGAGUCACUCACUUCUGUUGUCACUUUAGGGGACUACAUUUAGUAACAAGAUGACUCCACUACAGAGUGCCGUAGUUUGUUUGCAGUGAGAUACAGAGUCAAUGUGACAGAAUUGUUUUAAUGCAAAUGAUAUGCAAAGUGUUUAUUUGAUUUUGUUAUUGGAUUAUGAUGUGAACGUUGGCAUGUGAUGUAGAGGCAUCAAAUGCUGACACAGCACUGAAUGUAUUGCCAGACACACUUACCCUUCUAGCAGCGUAUAGGCCUACAUAUGCCGUAUCUUAAUUUGGUCAUCCUGUU